AUGCGCAAAGUCUAUCACCGGAGCUUCUCACUACUCUCCUCCUCUACCUCUCCGUCAUUUUUUCCAUUAAAUCGUCAACUCCCCAACUCAAUUCUCCUCCGUUCGCCGCCGCGGCUGCCGAAGUUGAGAAUUAAUGCGCACAACUGCUGUUGUUAUUCUUCCUCGGUAACUAAUAAGAAGCCGGCGGCGACGACGUUGCCGUUUGAUUGUCGGAAAGCAGCAGUGACGACGACGGCGCUUCCGAGGUCUCCAAUGGCGAACUAUUCCUCAUCACGUUUUCACAGCGUUGUUCCGAUCAACGCUGUUUCUGGUUCUCUUGAGAACGGAGGCUCGAAAAAUGGCGCCGUUUCUUCUUCUACUGCAAUCCAGGAUGAAGAGUUGGGCAAUGGAUAUCAACUUCCUCCCCCUGAGAUUAGAGACAUCGUGGAUGCUCCACCACUUCCCGCACUAUCGUUUUCUCCCCACAGGGAUAAGAUACUAUUCCUCAAGCGAAGAUCUUUACCUCCUUUGUCAGAGUUAGCUAAGCCGGAGGAGAAACUCGCUGGUGUUCGCAUUGAUGGAAAAUGUAAUUCCAGAAGUCGUAUGUCAUUUUACACUGGCAUAGGGAUCCACUCGUUCAACGACGAUGGCACUUUAGGUCCAGAGACAGAGAUUACAGGCCUCCCGGAUGGUGCUAAAAUCAAUUUUGUAACUUGGUCCAAUGAUGGUCGGCAUUUGGCCUUCGCUGUCCGGGUUGAGGAGGAGGACCACAGUAGCAGUAAAUUAAGAGUUUGGGUUGCGGAAGUGGAAACGGGAAAAGCUAGGCAGUUGUUUCACUCCCCAGAUUUUUAUGUUAACGCAGUUUUCGAUAAUUUUGUCUGGUUGAACAACUCAACUCUUUUGGUUUGCACGAUACCUUUAUCACGUGAGGAGCCACCAAAAAAGCCACCUGUUCCGCAUGGUCCAAAGAUUCAGUCCAACGAGCAGAAAAGUGUUAUUCAAGCUAGAACCUAUCAAGAUUUGCUGAAAGAUGAAUAUGACGAGGAUUUAUUUGAUUACUACGCUACUUCUCAACUUGUCCUGGCCUCUCUUGAUGGAUCCAUUAAGCCGAUUGGACCACCGGCCAUAUACACAUCCAUGGAACCCUCUCCUGAUGAGCAGUACAUUUUGAUCGGAUCGAUUCAUAGGCCUUAUUCUUUCAUUGUACCCUGUGGAAGAUUUCCAAAAAAGUUUCAAGUCUGGAGAGCUGACGGGUCAGUUGUGAGGGAACUUUGCGAUUUGCCUCUUGCUGAAGACAUCCCAAUUACAAUUAAUAGUGUACGGAAAGGGAUGCGCUCCAUCAAUUGGAGGGCAGAUAAACCUUCAACUCUCUACUGGGUUGAGACACAAGAUGGGGGUGAUGCAAAAGUAGAAGUCUCUCCUCGUGAUAUCGUCUAUACGCAACAAGCCGAGCCUCUUGAAAGUAAAGAGCCAACAAUCUUGCACAAACUUGAUCUUCGCUAUGGAGGGAUUUCAUGGUGUGAUGAUUCACUCGCUUUAGUCUACGAGUCAUGGUACAAAACACGUAAGAUAAGAACAUGGGUUAUUUCUCCUGAUUCCAAGGAGGGGACAAGUCCGCGUGUACUGUUUGAGAGGUCAUCAGAAGAUGUAUAUUCUGAUCCAGGUUCGCCCAUGUUGCGUAGAACUCAUGCUGGUACGUAUGUCAUUGCGAAGGUGAAAAAGUUCAAUGAUGAAGGUAUCCAUGUUUUGCUCAAUGGAAGUGGUGCAACACCUGAAGGGAAUAUCCCAUUUUUGGAUUUGUUUGAAAUGUGA